AUGGCCAGCUCGUACCCCCGCAAUGACUCACCUUCCGGCGACGAGGAGACUACCACCGUGUUGGGGACUGGCUUAACGACUCGGCAUCUCGAGGCUUUUGGCCGCAAAGUCACGACCACCGCUGGCCAUCUCAUAGGCCCGAUGCAGGACACUCCCAGAGGAACGCACUAUCACUCUGCCGUCAAUGACAUUCGUAAAGAGCUGCGUCGCCCGUCGAUGCAGCGGAGGAUGUUUUCUCUGGCUCAGACCACCCCCACGGACCUCGUCCGAUCGAAACUAUCCACAUCUGAAAUCCAAACUCGCGCCCUCUCGUCCCUCUCGGAUGAUUUGCUAGCCAACAUUCCGGAGGACACGAGCACCUACUCUUUGUUUCAAGGGUUCCAGGCCUCGAUGCCCGAAGGUGAACACGAACAUAGAAAAUCGCAUCGGAGACGAAGCUCGCGCGGGCAGAAGUUGUUGGAUGGGGCGGGAACGAAUGUGGGGGCAUUGCCACCCACUCUAUCCUCGUUGAGAAAGGACAGGAACACCUUCAGUCGGCGGCUGGAAUUGAUGGGGAUAAGGAAAAAUAUGUGCAGUGCAGAAAUUUACGAGAUAGAUAACAAGAUUGCAAAUUUGCAAAGUAUGCGGAAAAUUGUGCUCGACCGUCUUGCCCAACUUGAGAUGGACGAGGCGGAUUUGGAACAUGACUUGGUUCAGUUGGAUAAUAAACUAGAAGAUCUGGAGGAUGAAGCGCAUACGCGGCCAGAUACUCCGAAGACCAAUGAUGCAACGGAGCCCUCUGUCGCAUCUGACACGCAGGCUAUGGAUGCGUCUUUCAUGUCGGAGUCGAUCUAUGAGAAACUGCCGUCUCCCAAAACGUGGAAACAUAAAUCGUUAAGAAAAAGAUCCAUGCCCGUCCUCCACGAACAUUUUGAGCCAGGCUCCAUGAUCAGAGAAUUAGAAGCGCAUAAUGAUAUGGUAUCCGCAAUAGAUUUUGACGUCCCCUUCGGAACCAUGGUCAGUGCAGCGUUGGACGAUACAGUCCGGGUGUGGGAUCUAAAUCUCGGCCGAUGCAUGGGAUUUUUGGAAGGACAUCAUGCCUCCGUCCGCUGCUUGCAGGUCGAGGAUAACCUUGUCGCAACAGGAUCUAUGGACGCAUCGAUCCGGCUAUGGGAUCUCAGCCGUGCAAAGUAUGCACCACGGGAUAAUCGCAUUGGUAACCACGAGGAGGAUGACGAGGAGGAUGCGCUUGGGUAUGAAGACCCCGCGGCGGCACCCCCUCCGCCUCCUCCCUCUAGCAUGGAAGAUUGUCCACUCUUCUCCCUCGAAGCACACGUCGAUGAGGUCACGGCACUUUACUUCCGCGGUGACACGCUCAUCUCGGGGUCGGCGGAUAAAACACUUCGGCAGUGGGAUUUGGUCAAGGGCCGCUGCGUCCAGACGCUCGAUGUCCUCUGGGCUGCGGCGCAGGCCUCAACGUUAUCCUCAAGUGAAAAUCCGUGGCGACCAACCGGCCGGCUCCCGGAUGUGUCAGCGGAUUUUGUCGGUGCAGUGCAAUGCUUCGACGCGGCCUUGGCAUGCGGGACAGCAGACGGGAUGGUACGCUUGUGGGAUCUGCGUAGCGGACAGGUGCACCGUAGUUUGGUGGGACAUACUGGGCCCGUGACGUGUUUGCAAUUUGACGACGUGCAUUUGGUGACGGGGAGCAUGGACCGGAGUGUACGGAUCUGGGACCUCCGAACUGGGUCUAUAUACGACGCGUACGCCUACGACAACCCCAUCAGCAGCAUGAUGUUCGACACGCGCCGCAUCGUCUCCGCGGCGGGCGAAGAUGUCGUCAAAGUCUACGACAAGACAGAGGGGCAGCACUGGAACUGCGGCGCAGGAGUAAUAGCAGCUGGAGAAGGCAGGACGGCGUCAAUCGUCGAUCGCGUGCGGAUCAAGGAUGGGUAUAUGACGGAGGGGCGGAGGGAUGGUACGAUUGGAAUCUGGACUUGCUGA